AUUUUUGGGUUCCUAAUGAGUUUAGUUAUUGUACAGGUAUAUAUAAAUUUUAUGAUGUGAAAUGAUGUGAACAGUAUAACAAUUCACGGCACAUGGUCCCCUAUGACAGAUUACACUAGUUAUAUUUCUGGAGUGCUGAUUAUUAAUUUUUAUUUAUAUCGUAGAUGUUAUGCAUCGUAAAUCCAUACAAUAUGAACGUACAUGACUUACUAUUUAAUGCAGUACAUAUAGAUGGAAAAAUAGAAUUGUACAAUAUCCUUUUAAAAGUAUAAAACUUAAAAGCCAUGCUAUAAUGUUAACAUGGAAACCUUUUUAUCUUGAUCCUUUCCUGAAUUUGUAUACUAGAUGAGUUUGAACGUAUUUUAUUGCCAUACAAUUACAAAGGGAUAGGUGGGUAUCAAAGCUUGAUAAUAUUAGAUAUUCUAGAUCUGUAACGGUGUGGAUUGAGUCAGAUUACUGGAAUUCCCUUUAAAGAUAUAGAGUAUUGUGGGAUGAUUGAUAACAUAUUUCAUGCAAUCACCUCAUAUGUACUGUACUUUUCUAUAUGAGAAUCCCAAAAAUAAUAUAUAAAUUUACUACAUCACAUAUGUAUGGAAAAAAUAUUUUGAAGCCCUUUUAAGGGAGGGGACUAUUGUUUUUAUUUUGAAGCCCUUUUAAGGGAGGGGGCUAUUGUUUUUAUUUUGAAGCCCUUUUAAGGGAGGGGGCUAUUGUUUUUAAUCUGUCUGCAACUUUUUAACCUGGUCACAACAUUUGGUGAAUUUAAAGGUCAAUGACAAUAUUAUGUGAAUGCUAAACAUCAUUAGAUGGAGGAGGGGUGCUCCCCCCACCCACCCCCCUUUCACCACAAAUAGAUUUGGUACCCAGAAUUGCUGAGAAUGUUGGCUAUAAUAUCCUACCUGCAAUGCCAAUAAAGUGUUUUCUAUAAACCAGAGACACCAGAAAAACAUUUACAAAGACACAUAUUAACGAAUAUGUAGUAGACAACUUACAAAGACUAGACGCAUAUGAGAACUAUAGUGCUGCACUCUACAAAGCAUGUCUGCUUGCCUUCAGCAUCCGCAGGAAAGAGGGAGAAUAGCAUGUGCAGUCUCAGGGAUCUACAAGCCUGACCGGAAAUCCUACCACCCCACCCCCCCACCCCCACCCCCAAAUCACUAUGUUUUUCACAUGUUGCCCCCCACUCCCCUCCUUCAGAAAUCAUCAAGGUCAAGGAUGCUAAAACUGAACAUGAUCACAGUAGGGGAUAUUGUGUUUCAUCAUGUUCAAAAACAACACUGUGGAUCCUGUAAUUUAAAAUGACCAAUUUAAUUUGCUUUUAAAACUUACAUAAACCUGAUAGAUGCAUCAGAUGAUGAUAUACAUGUAUAAUGAUACCAUACUUUCCAAGGUUAAAAAGUGGAAAUUAAGUUUCAGAGUAUUUAUAGAAAUUUUAGAUUUUUCUGAAAUCAAAGCAGACUAGAAAUAUAUUUAAGGAGUGUAUAAGUCUACAGAAUUUAGUAUCAAUCGACAGAGAGAUGAAUAUGCACACAGAUGGCCAAGCUGUGCCUCCAGUAUUGAUUCUUGUAGAUGGAGUGCAUCCGUGAUAUAGAACUGUGUGAAUAUAUUGAACAUCUUGACAAAGCCUAUAUCUCUUUGUCUUCUGCCAUGAAUUAUGGAUGGAAUGACUAACACAUGACCGAGGAAAAUGAAGCUCAGCUGAUUACUUCACUAAUAACAAACAGAACAUGUGGUAGCAGUCUAUUGGUGAAUGAAUGCCCAGUCUGCGCAGGGUGACAAUGUAACCCAUCAUUUAGUGACAAUAGCUGGCAUUUGAACAAAAUGGCAUCUAGUUCUGAAGAUGUCGCAGCAGCCUCCACCUCCAUGACUGAGGAUGAACAAAAAGACAAAAAGAAGAAAUUCCGUCCUCUGGAGAGAAUGAGAAAGUUUUUCAAAAGCACAAAAAAGUCAACAAAGACUAAAGAUUCUGACAAAGCGAAAUCUACAGGAGCCCUCCACAAGGACACAGGGCUGAGUGAAGAAGAUGAUGAGGGAGGAUUUGUGCAGCGAUUACCAAUGGGAGGGACUCGUAGUAUAUCAGAGGACAGUGUCUUUAAACCAGAUCAGAAGGAAGGGGGCUUAGAAUCAUUUAGACACACAGCAGCCUCCAUGGAACAAGUGAAUCAAGAUUUCAGGGUAUACCAUAUUUUGACACUCAGGAAAGAGAGCGAGUUAUUCAGUAAGCUUAGGAGAAGAACAAUGAGUCAAUCUGAUGAGGACGACGGUCUUCCACAGAGUCCGGUGCCACAUGUCACCACGGCUGACCUCAUUCUGGGUGGUGGUCUCAAGUCGUCCUCCACGGCGAAAUCGACAAGUUGUGAAAGUGACAACAGUCUCAUUAGCGUGGAUGGAUCAGAAACCGAAGAUGAUGAUUUGUUCAAGUCAAAUUGGAAGUCAUCAAUAGCAUCUGUGAAGAAACCAGGAGAGAAGUCUACUUCACAAGGGGCCAGCAUGGAUUUGGACUUUGCCAUGGUAAAAAGAGAUACCCAGACUCUAACGAGUGAUGCAGCAAAACAUAGGAUUUCAGUUAAACCCAAAUCUAGGAGAAGUUCCAUGUUGCAGUCAAAAAGAAUAGCAGAUAGAACUACAGCACCACAUUUGCCAAGAGUUACAGAGGAAACAACGAAGCUAGCUUCAGCAUCAAUUACCAUACAGGAGAACAAAACCAGUAUUCAGGUCAAAGCACCUACAAAGACCGAGGAAUUGAAUCCUAAACUUUGUAAAACUGAAAUAAUUGCUGGAAGAGGAAGGAAGCCCUCAGUGGAACCACAUGAUUCACAAAAGACACCAGAUAAAGACAUUUCUAAAGUCAACAAUAAAGAAAAAUCUCGCUCAUUAGAAACUCCGGCUGAAGAGAAAGACUCUGAAAAAUUAAUAGAGAAAAAAGAUGAACCUGUGAAAGUGGAAGAAGUAAAGAGUGUUAAGGUCAGACCUAAAAAUCUUAUGGAAGUAGAACCUGUGAAAGACACAAAACAUGAGUCUAACGAGUUGUCAAAGGCAUUCAAGAGAAUGUCACUAAAGAAAGAGUCUGUUUCCCCAGGAGAAACACCUGUCAAGGGCAGCAUUAUUGAUUCGAUCAAGGAGGUGAAAGAGGUCAGCAUUGGUAGUCCUACAGCUUCAGAGUCCAAAACAACAAAGACAUCAGUCAAAACAGAACAAGCAACAAAGGUUGUGGAGAGCAAAUCUGCAAAAUCACCCACAACAAAAGAUACACCAGGGAAGACAACCUACGUUCUGAAAAAAGAACCUUUGAGAACUGUCUCAACCUCCAAAUCACCUGACUAUGAAAACUUAGAAGAUUUGAAAUUCAACAAAAAUGUCACAUCCCCAUCUUCAGAUUAUGAAAACUUUCCAUUAGGCGGUCAUAAAUCUGAGAAAGCUGAGUUAUCUUCACCUGAACCUGACUAUGAUAAUUUACCUCCUGUGAAAUACCCCAUUUCACCAACAGGAGACAAAUUCUUGCCCAAGGAAGUAGACAAUUCUUCCAAGUCUAAAACUUCUACAAUGCCUCAGAAAUUAUCUUCUCCUAGGGAGGAAUACAGGUUGAAGAGACAGCCAAGAAGCAGAACUCUACCAGAACAGCCUGUAUCUAGAGAGAUUUUAGAUUCUAAAUCCCCAGGUGCACCUUGGGAAAUUUUAAAUUCAAAGUCUCUUGAUGUCAGUGAACAACCAGUUAAAAAUGUAACUUCUAAAACAGAUUCUUUCAAAGAAAACAAUGGGAGUGCACAAAAUAGGUUGUCUAGAAGUUUUAAUUCUGCACUAUCUGAAAAAACUACUGAAAAUAAAAUUGAUAUUGAAUCCACUGCCCAAAAAGUCGAACCGAAACGCAUGUCUUUAAAAUCGGGUUCUAGUGUGUCGGCAACUCCUAGCUGGGUGAAAUCUAAAGAUGGAGAAACGAGGACACCUAGUGAGCAAACUUCAAAUGUGUCCAAGUCAAAUUCCCAGGAAAAACCAAAGUUUGGACAAUUAAAAUCUUUAAGUAUGAAUUCGGCGAAAGACAAGGAAACACCACAAUCCAGUAACACGAAACCUUUAGAUGUGAAGAAAGAAGCAGACGUGUCACAGAAACCUCCCCUGAAAACAAAGCCAACAGAUAUUAGGUCCUCCACACUGGAUAGGAAAGCCAUGUUUGAGAACACUUCUAGCACACCAUCUUCCACUGUUCCAACUUGGAAAACAAACUUGUCACAAAAGAAAGGUUCUGUGAAAGAAAAGGAAAUUAAGAUAGAGAUUAUAGAGAAAAAAUCAGAGAAAGUGGAAGAAGUGGUGAGAAUCUUAUUCAUACUUGUGAAUCGAUAUUUGUCUUUUGCACCUGAAAUAUUUACAUUUAUUUAUAAGUUUGGUACUGAUGAUAUUGCUGCAGUUGUAAAUAGGUACAAGCACUUCUUGUAGAGAUAUACUCUAGUUUUAUUUCCAUUCUGACCACAGACUGUGAUACAGUAAUGACUGACAAAAAUUAUCAUUGAAAAGUUUGAUCAAUUAUUGAAUUACAUGAUCUAAAUUUCCCUUUGUAGAAAAAGCCAGCACCUGUUCAGAUGAGAGGAAAACCAGCCUGUGCAGAAGAAUCAAAGGCUGCACGCAAGUCUAGCAAUGUUCUGGACAUGGUGAAGAACUUUCAAAGCAUGCAAGCUACCUAGAGUCAGACAGCAGUCACUUUUGUGUUUUAUACACAGUGCCAACACUGAAACAGGUAGUCUCGUCAUUACAGAAAAAAUGUGCCUUCUGCGGUCAAUUGAAAUAGUAAAGACAAUUUCUUCAUCUGUGCGUCAAUUCAAAAUGCUUGCAAAAUGUUUUGCUACGUACGAAAUUGAUUUCCUUGGGAAAAGACAAAUAUAUAGACUGGACAGACUGAUUACUAUUUCACAUUGAUAAUUGUAAAAUUGUGUUACUUGAAUAGUGCAUGAUGCAUUUCUAUUUUGGACAAGUUUUGUGUAUUAUACAUGAAUGUAACAUUAUGUUUUGUGUAUUAUACAUGAAUGUAACAUUAUGUUUUGGGUUUUUAAAUCAAAUUUUAGUGCUUAUAAUUACACAUAGAAUCUGAAGCACUUUUUUUACUAGAAGUUAAUUUUGCUGAUUGAUUUCACUCCGAUUCAUAUACAUGUAUUGUGUUUGCAUUUGUUAACUAAACAUUGUCAGUGAAAUGGGGAGUGAUGGAGUUGUUCGGUUUGGUUAAGUUAACUGUAAUGCUCAGAAGUUUUGUUUUAUCAUAUUACAGUAGUUAAGCUCAAACUACAGCAUUCCCAUUGUAAAAGUUUUAGUUGUAAAGUUACUGUGAUAUUUUGUUAGAUUGUUAAAACUUCAAAGGGAAGUAAUCUUAACAGAUACUGGCUCUAUUAGAAACUGUCAUUAUUUGCUCAGGAUCACAAAAUCAUUCAUUUUCACGACUUUUUUUUUCAUUUUGAUUUUCGAAUCAGCCAGUGGAACUGAUUACUUGGGAUCAACUGAUUGUCUAUGGAUAUACUAACGAACAAGGUUGUAUGUGUGCCUGAGAAAGGUGAUGAUGUGGUUGUGAACAGAAUGUUAUUUUAGGAGCCCAGCUUUCUGUGUGUUGUGCAUAAGUUUAGUAUCCAAAGUGCAAUGUAGUGUUGUGAAUUUUUUGUGAUAAAUUAUUAUCUACAAUGUUUCGGAAGGCUAUGUACCCAAUGUUAUUUACAGAACAGUUUUAAUCAUGGAACAAAGUCAUUAUGUAUUAAAAAUUGUGAAUUAUUGUGUAUGAAGAUUUCAAUAUUUGUGCAAUAAUUGUGAACAAGCAUAUCUUGUACAACAUAUUAAGUGUAACUAUAAGCGAUUCACGAGAUUGUGUGUAUAACAUUAUACGUGUAUCUCUUUCAACAUAUGGAAGCUUUAUGUGUCUUAUUUAAAAAAAAAAAUAACCUGGUGCUUAUAUACAGAAAAAUCAAAUGCUUUGUAAUUGUUACGAUUUUUGUGAAUUUGAAACAAACGAUGCUUGAGAGAAUAUUGCAUUUGCUGAGAUAUAGAGAGAAACUCGUUUUGCCGUCAAAAUGAAUACAUGUAAUUUGAUAGUGAUCAUCAUGAUAUUUGGAUUUUUUUCUGUAGCUUUGAUGACUGUCACCUGUGAUUUUUUUUCCCCAUUAUGCAAAAAAAUUGUCAAAAGAGAUGAAAGUUCUAUGGAAGCAUCAGAAGUGGGAUUUAAUAUUUUAAACAUUCUUUUUAAUCAGAAUCUUGUAGGUGUGUCCGUCAUCUAGACAUGCGAUUACAAGUGACAGCCAUUGAAGUUAUUUUGAUCUCGCAUGUGUAGCUUUAAUUAAUUACCAGCUAUAAUUUAAAUGAACAAGCAGGUUCCUAGAGUUUCUGUGUCAGGUGUACCAUGUUAUACAUGUAUUACUAGACAUAUUCACAGCUGACUUUAUCAUGAUAGUAGCCUAUACAAGAUAUGUAAGCCUUCAAAUACACAUGUAACUAUAUAUAUAUAUAUAUAUGUUUACAUGUACAUUCAAAUUGUUUGUAUAAGUAAAGAGCUAUUACAUUGAU